AUGGAGAACAGCCGUUGUUUCGCUAACCGCUUCACGGACUACAAGGGCGCCCUCUACGGUGGACACGAUCCUCAAAAAGGUGCCCGAUGACGUGGCGACUACGACGGCGGGCUGUACGUCGGUCCCGCCGGGGUGGCGUACAUGCUGUAUCACGUCAGCGAAUCUCCCCUCUUCUCCGAGCGGAGGGACACGUACCUCAAGACGGCCAAGCACAUCAUCGACGUGUCUGUGCGCUGCGUGGACAAGAACAUGCGUGCCGCCUUCCUGCUCGGCGGUGCGGGCAUCUACGCCGUGGCCGCGAUGAUAUACAAGUCCCUCGGCUUGGCUGACUUCGUCAAGCCGCUGACGAAAUUCCGCAGUCUGUGGGAGGUGUGCGCGCCCAUUUGUUUCCUGGAGUGUGGCUCUGAUGAGCUGUUUGUGGGCCGGGCAGGCUACUUGUGUGCCGCCUUGGUCCUCAGGCAAAAGCUGGCCAUUGAGAUUCUCAGCAGGGAUCGAAUCAAAUCCAUUUGCACGGCCAUCAUCGAGUCCGGAAAGCAAUAAGCGAAGAGGAAGAGAAAGCCGUUCCCCCUCAUGUACGCCUUCUAUGGGACGGAGUACCUCGGGGCAGCCCACGGCCUAUCGUCGGUGCUACAGAUGCUGCCGAGCUACCAGGACAUGCUGAGCGGGGCCGACAAGGACCUGGUGUGGCAGAGUGUCGACUUCCUCAUGAACCAGGAGCAGAACUGGAACUGGCCCGCCGAGCUUGGCGCAGUCAUCGAGAGGGAGAAUGAACUGGUCCACUGGUGUCACGGCGCUCCAGGUUUGCGGAGUUUCUCUUCACCGAGGAGUUCAAAGUGGGCUCGUGCUCCUUGACCAGCGUCCGCAGUCUGUUUGAAGGCCUGUCGGGUACCGUCUGCUUCCUGGUAGACCUCUUGCAACCCGACAAGGCAGAAUUCCCGCUGUUAACCGUCUUUGAGUGAAGGCGGAAAAAGAGGAGCAACAAAAACUAGACGUGUAAGUGCAGUUGCCGUAGAAACAGAUCUUGUUCUGUGUGUGUUUGUUUCAAAGUGGAUGUUCAGCUAUUUCCAGCUUUACCAGAUUCAUCCCACUCGGUGUCACAUUCUCGACAUACACAGCUGAAAUGCAAGGGACAAUAGUGAGUUAAGUACAAAAAAGAAACGUAGCACAUUUUGUAACAUGUGCUGCUCUCAGGUUUAAAAUGAAAUAAAUACACACAUUAGGUUUUUUUAGAGGCAAUCCCACACAAAAAAGAAAGAGAAAUACAUAAUCCCUUUGAAAAUGUUCCACUUCACCAACUCAGCACUUACUGUUCCUUUGUCUUGUUUUUUAUUACCGUAUUUUCCGGAUCAUAGGGUGCACCGGAUUAUAAGGCGCACUGCCGAUGAAUGGUCUUUAAAAAAAAUAAAAUAAUUUUCCACAUAUAAGGCGCAUUAAAGGAGUCAUAUUAUUAUUUUUUUCUAAAUUGAAAACACUUCGUUGUGGUCUACAUAACAUGUAAUGGUGGUUCUUUGGUCAAAAUGUUGCUUAGAUUAUGUUUUACAGAUCAUCUUCAAGCCGCUUUCUGACAUUGCUUCCGGAUGCGCGUUUUGUGGGCGGUCUUAUUUAUGUGGCUCACCUUCGGCACCGUCUUUUCUCCGUCAUCUUUGUUGUAGCGGUGUAGCGUUUAAGGAUGGGAGUGGAAGAAGUGUCAAAAGAUGGAGCUAACUGUUUUAAUGACAUUCAGACUUUACUUAAAUCAAUAACGGAGCAUCAUCUCCUCAUCCGGAAACAACAAUACCGGAAAUGUGUCUCGUGAAAAACCGCCCAACCGGAACUCUAAUAACUAAAGUUCCUUUGGUGAAUAAUGUAAACUCACUAUACCGGUAUGUUUUAGCGCUUUCAUGGCCAGUUUACUGACAGAUAUAAGUAAGAACUUUACACUACUUUAUAUUAGAAAUGGCAACAGCGGAGAAUGAAUGUCACAUUACAAGAAGAUAGAGAAAAAGAAGACGCUUAUCGACUACGGUGUCGCCACAGAGUACAAAGGCGGAAGCGUGCCGUUUUUCAUGAUUUAUGCAGAUCCCAAAUACAGAUCAGCAGGUACUAGAAGGUAAGAAAAGUUGCUUUUGCAUAAUAUUGCGAAACAAAACGCCAGACAAUGUCUUACCUUAUACACACACCAUAAUAAUACUCGUAUGAUGAAGCACAUCAAGCGGUGUGGCUUCAUUCUUACCGAAGUCGUACUAAAACAGUUUGAUAGACUUUUGAGCGCCGUGUGUUAUGUUCUAUAUUUUCAAUGGAACAAAAAAAAUGUUGGUGUUGUUUACUUCAGUCAUAUUGCCAUCAUAGUGCAGCCUACACUUAUCUCUUAUGUUUGACAGCCAUCUACUGGUCACACUUAUCAGUACAUCAUGUACCAAAUAAAAUAGCUUCGAGGUGAGUAAGCUCAACCAAACUUAUUCCUUACAUUAGGCGCACCGGGUUAUAAGGCGCACGGUCGAGUUUUGAGGAAAAAAAAGGAUUUUAAGUGUGCCUUAUAGUCCGGAAAAUAAGGUGAAUAUCUGGUGUGUUCACUGUGUCGUCUUUUGACUUCUUGUAUUUGUUAGUCUCUAGAUUAGUUCAGCAACUGAAGUCCAGUUUCUGAUUUUAUUAAUUCAGUGUGAUAACGAGGCUUUAAAACCGACUACAGU